GUGGCUUGCCUCGCCAUGCGCCUCACAAUUCAAAUGUGGAGGCAGAGGAGGUAGGCCGCCUGAUGUCGCCCAAUCUAUGUCUGUCUGCAACUUGGCCUCAUACAAGACACAAGGCUCUCCCAAGACCUUUCGCCAGCACCUUCAUUCGGCACCUGGUGCCGUACUGGCCUCCGGAUAAUCAGCCUCGAUCCAGCAGUCUACAUGUUGCCAAGUCCAAGUGACUCGAACGCUUCGUGCGACUCCGGUAUAUCGUCUCCAAAUGAUUCGUUGUCAGAAGCAGAUAUCGCCAAGCAGCUCGAACAGAGCAUUCACGACGAUGUUGAAGCCGUGAACAAGCGGAACUUCGGACGAGACGGACCCCUGUAUCGACGAAAAGCCUCAUACUGGAUUGCAGAAGUGACUGCAGGGCUCGCCUCCAAGACUCUUACUUGUGAUGAAUUUGUUCAGGCAGUCAAAGCCCGCACUGCGACAAAUCCUGGCUACAGACUGAGAGCGAUAGAUUUCACGACCACUGUCGACACCAAGAACGGUCGCGCUGAGAUUUUUGCUAACAUGGAAGUCAGUGGUGGCUGGGACGGCGUCGUGGUUCCCAAUGUGACGCUGUGCGAGUAUCACCUGAUCGACGGGAAGUGGUAUCAUGUUGCACACCGAUCUAUGCCUGGUAUGGACCCAAAUAUGCUCCGAUGAGACCAUUCCUACAACACAGUUUAGCCAAGCCUUGAGCUGUUGCCCUGCAGCUUCUGUGCCGCAAUGCUCCAGGCAGCCAAAUACCUCGCGAGGCCGAAAGUUCUUAGAGCUUUUAUCCUCAACCCACGACGAAUGCUGAAGAUCAUCUCUUCCGAACCAGCAUAACUCCACUGCAUGCCCCUUUCGACGAGCAUACAACUCUAUACCUGGGAAACAUGUCU